AUGAUGUUUUCUUCUGCGGGGAAGCGCUGCUUCACGAUCGAGUCUCUGGUGGCCAAGGAGCAUCCUCUCACCGCCGAGGAGCCCAUCCGCCCCACGGCCUUGAGCUACUCCAACCCGGCGACAGACGCCUUAAUGAACGGGUACCAGGCUCCUCCACCGGCGGCCAGGUCCCUGUACCACAGCCCGGACCUGGUGUUCCCGGAUGCGGUGAACCACCCCUCCCUCACCGUGUCCCCUCACCAGCUCGGGGGCCCCCACCUCCAGCAUCCGCACUUCUUCGGGACGCAACACCGAGACCCGCUCAACUUCUACCCAUGGGUCCUACGGAACCGGUUCUUCGGACACAGGUUUCAGGGUAACGAGGUGUCCCAGGACAGUCUCCUGCUCCACGGUCCCUUCGCCCGGAAGCCCAAACGCAUCCGCACGGCCUUCUCCCCGUCCCAGCUGCUGCGGCUGGAGCGAGCCUUCGAGAAGAACCACUAUGUGGUGGGAGCCGAGAGGAAGCAGCUGGCCAACAGCCUGAGUCUGUCUGAAACACAGGUGAAGGUGUGGUUCCAGAACAGACGGACCAAGUACAAGCGACAGAAGCUGGAGGAGGAGGGACCGGACAGCCAGCAGAAGAAGAAGGGAAACCACCACAUCAACAGAUGGCGCCUCGCCACCAAGCAGGCCGGCUCCGAGGACAUUGACGUGACCUCAGAGGACUAAAGCCCCGAAACCCUGCGUCCCCUUCCGACGCCCCAGAGGACCAACACUAUUUAUUAUGUAAUAUUAUUAAGUAUAACUAGACACAUUAGAGAACGACAAACACACAAACACACACACGGACUGGACAUCUCUGCUGUGAGAGGCAAUCAUCUGUGACACUGGGAAAAGCAUCAUAUUUAAAGACUGGACGAGGAGAGAUUCUUCCAUCGCUUCCAGAAACAACGUC